AUGAUCUUUCUUGGUCACAUCUCCCAGCGCAGCAGUGAGCUCAUGUUCCUGCGCAUGCCUGGUCCCGAUCAAGAAGCAGCGAGUCCUGCCAGUUCCAUCAACAUCCCGGCAGAAGAGUUAGAGCAACUUGCCCAGGAGUUCAGCCAACACAUCCCUCCACAGACAUUCACCCAUGCUCAGUUACAAGGCUACCUACUCAACUGCCGAGACUCGCCGCGAGAGGUACUGAAGAAUAUCGAAUCUUGGGUCAAGGAGGAAGUAACCCUGAUAGAAGCCGCCAAGGAGAAAGAGAAGAGGCGCUCUGAGCAGCGCAAUUAG